AUGACCUCCACCACCACCUCCGUUAUCGUUGCCGCCACGGCCCACGACGACCUCAACCACGUCCCCACCCUCCCGCCCACCACAAACCUCAGCUACCUAGCCGAAGGCGCGGCCAACGUAAUCUACCGCCUCUCCUCUCCCCCGGGGGCCCCCCAAUACCCCAACCAGCUCCUCCGUCUGCGCAAAGCCCUCCCCAGCGCGCAGCCCAACAAACUAGCCUACGCCCACCUCCUGCACACCUUCCACCCCCUCUUCCCCUCCCACCUCCUCCUCCCCACCUCCCUCAUCCGCAUCCCGCCGUCCCUCCUCGCCCGCGAAAACAUCGCCCUCCACGCCCUCGAGGCAGCCGACAAGCGCCCCGCCAAGCGCGCCGGCCUCUACCUCGAAGAGGUCGACGAGCAGUUCGGCUUCCUCAUCACCGACAUGUCCCCGCACCCGCUCCCCACACCCCCCUCAUCACCAUCCCUCUUCGCCCGCGCGCUAUCCUACCUCCCCGGCCGCAGGUCAAAGCGGAGCAGCGACCCGGACCUGUCGCUCCCCGCCCACGCACAGCGCACACGGCAGCUCCUCAUCGAGUUCAAGCCGAAAUGGGUGCUUCAGUCGCGCUCGGCGCCCGACGGCUGGCGCCGCUGCCGUACCUGCGCGCUCCGCCUCUCGAAGCAGCAGAAGCGCGGCUUCUGCCCGCUCGACCUGGCGUCGGGCGACGAGGCGCGCGUGCGCCGCGCGGUGGCCUACAUCGUUCCCGCCAAGCAGCCGGCGAACCUUGUGCUGGCGGCGGGCGUGUCGUGGGCGGCCACGCAGGGGGUGAUUGCGGACCGCAUUGUGCGGUAUGUGCUGGAGGGGGAUCUGAUGGUGGAGCUGAAGAAGCUGCAUGCGGAGCUGGACCCGCAUGGGCCGGUGGCGGUGCAGGGGAUGGGCAGGGAGGUGAGGGAGCGGUUUGUGAGUGCGAUGACGGUGAGGGAUUUGACGGUGUUUUUGAGGAUCGAUUUGGAUAGGGGGGAGGGGGAGGGGGGCGGUGUGGAGGCGCGGAUUGGCGAUUUGGAUCUGAAGACGGGGGAUGCGGGGAAGUGGGCGUAUUGGGCGGGCGUGGAGGGGAAGCUGAGGGAGGAGGGGUAUUACGGUGGCACGGAGGAGGGCGCGGAGGAGAAGGGGGUGUGGUGUAGGCCGUAG